AUGGAUAUUCAAAUCAAUGAAUCAGAGCUGAUGCGAAAAUCAUCAGAAAUUCAUUUAAUUGAGCUAUUUGAAGAGCCGCCAGCCGAAAUAAUCCCAAACGAAGAAGUCAAAGAUGACAUAGAAUCCCAGUUGCCAGCGUUUGCGAACCCAGAGCCAAGCACCUAUCACCUUAAUUUUAAAACGGGCACAGGACUCCCUAUGAUGCAAAGGCUUCACGAGUUCAUCGAAGACAUGGAGCCAUACGAGCCCAUUUCUGUUGCUAAGGACGGGAUCCUAGAAGAAAAUAUAAGGCGCGACGCAGAAAGAAUGAGCCAUCAAGAAAAUUUAAUGAACCGAGUUGUAUACGACAGCAUCGACCCCAGCCCACAAGUCCAUGAAGCAGAGUUCCCUAAUCAGUUGCCUAGUUUUUAUGUGCCUUCAUCAAAAGAUGAUUACACCCUUGUAUUUGAGUCCAGGUUUGAGUCUGGAAACCUGAGAAGAGCUGUCCAAGUAUAUGAGUUCGAGUAUGAUUUAAUCCUUAAGCCAGACCAUAACACAAGAGGAAAUACCCAAUGGUAUUUCUUUUCUGUAGAAAACACAAGGUCAGAUAAAACUUAUAAGUUCAAUAUCAUCAAUAUGAUGAAGCCAGACUCUUUAUAUAACUUUGGAAUGAAGCCUUUAAUGUAUUCUGUAAAUGAUGCAAAUAGGCAUAGAAGAGGCUGGGUCAGAUGUGGGCAGGAUAUUUGUUAUUUUCAAAAUAAUAUGAGGAGAAAAGCAGGGGGUUAUUAUUAUUCACUUACAUUUGCAGUGAAUUUUACAUAUGAUUUUGAUACGGUUUAUUUUGCACACUGCUAUCCUUAUACUUAUACAGAUCUGUGUAAUUAUAUUACGGCUAUAACAACUGAUCCUAAAAAGAAAAAUAGGGUCAGAAGAAGUGUUCUAUGUGAAUCAGAAGCAGGGAAUGACUGUGAAAUAUUGACUAUUACCACUUUUAACGAUCCAGAAGCUAUGAAAGGAAGAAAAGCAGUAUUUUUAACCUCAAGGGUGCACCCAGGAGAAACAAAUUCGUCAUGGAUUAUGAAAGGGAUUAUUGACUAUUUGGUCGGUCCUACUCUUGAUGCGAAAAUCCUCAGAGAUAACUUUGUGUUUAAAGUUAUCCCUAUGCUAAAUCCAGACGGAGUUGUCAAUGGAUCAUAUAGAUGUGGGCUUUCUGGAGUUGAUUUAAAUAGGUGCUGAAUUGAGCCGAACCGAAAGUUCAACCCAACAAUUUAUCAUGCGAAAAAUUUGGUAAAAAAAACACUUGAAGAAUAUGAUAUUGUUUUGUCAGUUGAUUUCCAUGGGCAUUCACGUAAAAAAAACAUUUUCAUGUAUGGAUGCGCAGGCCGCACAAAGCUUAAAGAAAGAAUUUUCCCCAGGCUAUUAGAAAGGGUUUCUGAUAUUUUUAGCUUUAAAGACUGUGUAUUUGGUAUUCAAAAAUCUAAGGAGGCUACGGCUAGAAUUGUGUUGUAUAAAGAAUUUUCUAUUAUAAACAGCUAUACGCUUGAAUCCUCUUUUUGUGGGUCAGAUUUUGGGAAGCAUGCAGAUUUUCAUUUUAGCACUGAACAUUUUCAAGAGAUAGGGCAUAAUUUUUGUGAUGCGAUAUUAGAUUUCUGUGACCCAGAUAGAGGGAAAGUCAAAAUGAUUUUAGAAGAGCUAGAAAUAUUAUAUCCAAGAGAGCUUGAAGAAAAUGAUGAUGAUGCAGUUGAUUCUGAUUAUUCAGGUGAUGAAAAUCCUAACUCCCCCUCUCUGUGAGCGAACAAAACCAUUGAAAAAAUCCCUAUUUUUGGACAAAAUACUCAGCGAGGGAACAAAAAUUUUUAAUGAAAAAAAAAUUGAUAUAAAAAUGAUAAUUAGUAUAAUGAAUUCUCUAGCUAGCUCUGUUUAAUUUUAAACAAAGUACAUUUUAAGACAUAAAUUUUACAAAUUAAAUAAAUAUUUGCUUUCCAAUUUUUGAGAAUUGGGAUUUUUUAAAAUUUCGAAAAAACAAUUUUACUAUAAAAUUCAUAUAUAAAAAUUCGUAAGCGAACAAAAUUUUCACGGAUGAGGGAGUAAGAAGAAAAGGAAGAAGAAAAUUUUAAACAGAAAGAAAAUUCAGUCUGAUAAGAGAAAGAAAAUAAUGUUAUAG